AUGUCAUCAUUGGAAAACCGGAUUCUGGCAGAUCUAAAAACUAUUAAGGCCAAUUUGGACCAGAUUCGCGACAGUGAUGAGUUCACCGGCACGACAACCAUAUCUAACGCGCUUCCUUUGACCCAGGUAGAUGAGAUCACAAAGCUUAAACUUAUAAACUCAUUGCUUGCAAAUUUAUCCAGCACCUUGGAUACAAUACAAUGGAACAUAAACCAAGUUGAUGAGAGUCUCAAGGUGACGAAUCAGCUAAUCGAUAAAUGGGCUAAGAUACUAGUGAAGAAUGGUGAAAUCUCUGAAUUAUUAUUGAGCCAGAGCAGCUUCCCUGUGGGGGGUCCCAGCGAUUAUAAAUGGAAAGGCUCAACUACAGAUAAUAUGCUAUACAAAGAGAAAGUUACAAAGUACAACAAUCUAGUGAAUAAGUACAAUGGACUAAAGCAGGCUAGAGAGGCAACUGAAAGGAAGUUGCGACAGCAAGAGGAAUUAAGAAUGAGGAAGAUCAAGGAGCGCGAAGAAAUUCUUCAAAGGAGGGUAUAUGGCAGUAAAUAUAGGUCAAAGCCCCCAGGUACAAGAUCCAGAAUCACCAAAAAAUGA